AGUGCGCAAGUACACAAACGAUGAGUAUGGAUCAUUGACUAGCGAAGAGGCAAACUGGUCCCACGCUACUUAAAUCUUAGUAACAGCAAAGGUGGAUCAUAGCGUAUUGAUGGGAUGGAGGAAAUGGAAGAACUUUGUGAAAGCUCUGAAGGAGAAGAAUCCAUCUUGCCUUGUGAAGACGGGCGGAAGGCUUUUUCAAGAUGGUUGGUGCUUCUGACGAGCUGUGUGGUCAGUUUCUUGAUAGGAAUGACCACGAUGUACUUCAUCCUACCCAGCACCAACAAGAAACCAUCUGAAAAAAGUCGUAUAGAUAAGCUCAAGGAUUGCGAAGACUUGAUCUGCAGCUUUUCAAAUUACAUCGAAGCUCAAUGCCACUCUUUGUGUGGCCCUUGAUCCAUUCCUGGGCGCGAUGGAAGAAUGAAGCCUGAUAGGCCGUGGCCGAUACACUGCCGUACUCUUCCAUGGACUGCACAUGACACUGUAUGUGUGGCGACGACUCGAGAGGCUUCUUGGGUAUGGAAGUGCUGUCUCACGGCGUCUGAGUCAAGUUGACUCAAGUUUGUGCUCAGUUGAGUGCCCCUGUCAAACUAUCAGUGAAAAGCAAUCCAAUCA